ACCUUAGCUCCAGUCCUAUGCUGGCUUGAUCAACGAGAAUAGCGAGAUACUCCCUUCUCAUUCUGUCUAGCAAAUGUCCCUUUAGUUUCUCCCUCAAGAAAACAACUCCGCUAUGUCCUGAAGAUCAGGCGAGGAUCAGAAAAGACGGUGGGAGUGAGAGGAGAGCAGUGUUGUAAAAGAGUAGGGCAACGAACGAGACAAAAGAGGCUGCGGCUGCAUUGAAUGUGGUAGUGUCCGUCUCGGAACCCACAUAGUAUAACCUAGCCACAUUUGCUCUUUAUUCUAGGUGAGAAUACACCGGGGAGGGGAGUAUUUACGAGAAGAGAAGGUGAAAUUUUACUCAUUCGAAGUGCGUAGUCACGAGGACUCUAAACAUCUAGUCGUGGACUGGGUGCAUCUUUACUACAUCGAAUGUUAUUUUUCUGUGAGUUGAACAUAGACCGGAACAAAGGGAGUCUUGAGCAAGGAAUGAGCGAGCGGAGACUAGCUUUGCCAUUACCGCCUCUGAAACCAAGCCAAAUGCGUCUCUGAAACCGACAAUAUAACGUCUUCUCCAUUUGUCGGAAUCUUUUUGACCAUAAGAAAGGAAGAAGAUAAAAAAAAACAAAGAAAUCGGCGCCCAGAAUGUUUCCUCAAAACCGACCUCCGGCACCUCUUCAGCCACCCCCUGGGUCUUCGGCGUCGGCGGCGGCAGCUGCUGCUGCGGCGGCUGCAGCCUCGGGAGCCCCCCAGGCCCUGAAGCUCACCUACCCAGAGACCCUGGACCGCAUCAAGGAGGAGUUCCAGUUCCUCCAGACCCAGUACCACAGCCUGAAGAUGGAGUGUGAGAAACUGGCCACCGAGAAGACUGAGAUCCAGAGACACUAUGUUAUGUAUUACGAGAUGUCCUACGGCCUUAAUAUUGAAAUGCACAAACAGACGGAGAUCGCCAAGCGCCUGAAUGUGAUCUGUGCCCAGCUCAUCCCUUUCCUGUCACAGGAGCACCAACAACAGGUGGUCCAGGCCAUGGAGCGCGCCAAGCAGGUGACUAUGGGGGAGUUAAAUGCGUCGAUAGGGGUACGUGGACUCCCUCCUCUACCUCAUACACAACAGCUGCAGGCGCAGCACCUCUCCCAGCACGUGGCCCAGGGUCUGCAGGGUCUGCACAGUAUGCAAAUGGGGCCCCAUCCUGGGGGCCUCCCUCACCCUGGCCUGGCGCUGGGCGGAGGGUCUGGCCUCUUGGCUUUGUCUGGGGCCCUGGGGGCCCAGCUGGCUGCCAAGGAGGGCCACGAGAGGGCCCACCUGGAGGCUGCCGCUGCUGCAGCCGCCGCAGAGCACCACAGAGGCUGGCUGCGGGGACGCGGGGCGAUGCUGCCCAUCAUGGACGUAGACCGUGAGGCUGGACCGAGCUCUAUGUCCAACGGGGAUAAGGGCCGUUCAGCAGACUACCUCAGCAACGGGAAGAAGAGGAGGGCAGAUGAGAAGGAGUUCAUGACAGACUAUGGCAGUGACGCAGAUAAGAGUGAUGAUAAUUUGGUGGUGGAUGAGGACCCCUCGUCCCCCCGCAGUGUCCACUCCUACUCGUCCAGAGAAAACGGCCUGGACAAGUUGCCCCCGUCCCGUAAAGACGCCCCUCCCCAGGCCAGCCCCGCGUCCCUGGCCUCCUCCAGCAGCCAAGCCUCCCCCUCCCGCAGCAAGGACCGGGAGCCACCGAGGGAGAAGUCCAGUACCCCAGGUAUGAAGCCAGGCACCCCCCACGGUUCCCAGGACUCCUCCACCCCCGGCCCCAGUGCCCCCCCACAGUUCCGCCCCGUCCCUGGCAAACCUGGCAUUGACCCUCUGGCUCUGGGUCUGAGGAAUCCUCUGGCGGUGCAGGGAGCGUACCCCCCCGGGGCGUUUGGCCUGCCCCCUCCAGGGGUGAACGGGGAGCUGGCGGGGGCAGCAGCAGCCUAUGGGGCGGGGCUUCACCUGGUCUCCCCCCAGAUGAACGGCUCUGCAGCCGCCGCCGCUGCAGCCGGAUAUGGACGAUCACCAGUGGUGGGCUAUGAGUCUCCUCACCCCCACAUGAGGGUCCCAGGGUUACCCGCCAGCCUGCAGUCCGCUGCCUCAGGGAAACCUGCCUACUCUUUCCAUGUAAGUGCGGAUGGACAGAUGCAGCCGGUGCCUUUCCCUCCAGAUGCCCUGCUGGGCCCGGGCAUCCCGCGGCACGCCCGUCAGAUCCACACACUGAACCAUGGAGAGGUGGUGUGUGCCGUUACCAUCAGCACCUCCACACGCCACGUCUACACCGGCGGGAAGGGCUGUGUCAAGGUGUGGGACAUCAGCCAGCCUGGAAGCAAAAGUGCCAUGGCCCAGCUCGACUGUCUGAAUAGGGAUAACUACAUCCGCUCCUGCAAACUCCUCCCCGAUGGGCGGACCCUCAUCGUUGGAGGCGAGGCCAGCACACUGUCAAUCUGGGACUUGGCCACACCCACUCCCCGCAUCAAGGCGGAGUUGACGUCGUCUGCCCCGGCCUGCUACGCUCUGGCCAUCUCCCCCGACAACAAGGUCUGCUUCUCCUGCUGCAGCGACGGAAACAUCGUAGUCUGGGACUUGCACAACCAGACCCUGGUUAGGCAGUUCCAGGGCCACACUGACGGGGCCAGCUGUAUUGACAUCUCCAACGAUGGGACCAAACUGUGGACGGGGGGGCUGGACAACACAGUACGCUGCUGGGACCUGAGAGAGGGACGACAGCUGCAGCAGCACGACUUCACCUCACAGAUCUUUUCUUUGGGCUACUGUCCUACAGGAGAGUGGCUGGCAGUGGGUAUGGAGAGCAGUAAUGUAGAAGUGCUGCAUGUCUCCAAACCAGACAAGUACCAGCUGCACCUCCACGAGAGCUGUGUGCUGUCACUCAAGUUUGCCUACUGUGGUAAAUGGUUUGUGAGCACAGGCAAAGAUAACCUUCUGAACGCAUGGCGGACACCCUAUGGAUCAAGCAUAUUCCAGUCAAAGGAGACGUCUUCGGUGCUCAGCUGUGACAUCUCUCCUGAUGACCAGUUCAUUGUGACGGGCUCGGGUGACAAGAAGGCCACUGUGUAUGAAGUCAUCUACUGAGGAGGGAGUGCUCUGAUUGGAUAAAGUGGGGGUGAUGCUCCCCUGGCGCACCAAUGACUGUAAAGAGUGGUGGGCGUCGUGGAGACAAGACACACAUUGUACUUUGUUGUUUUAUUUACUUUUGUAAAGGAUGCAGAUGAGGGCGUGGAUAUCUGGAACUUUGACCUUAAAAAAAAAUGCUCAGAAAAAGCUGGUAGUCUAGCGACACAAAAAGUGGGAUUCCUCCAAAGAACUCUUUGUUUUUUCCCCACCUUUUUUUUUCAUUUUUUUUAACAAAAUGAAACCUCUGUAGUGAACAAAAAAUUAGCAAAAAUAAAUGCAUUAUUUUUUUAGCCUUAGAAUUCUUGACGAGCGGUAGGACCAUGGUGUGUGCACAGAGGGAGAUAAGGGGGUUGUAAGUGCUGGA